AUGGCGGACCACGACGACAAGAUCAGCAGCUUCUGUGAGCUGACGGGAAUCUCCACUGAUGCGGCUACAGAGUACCUGAACAAUUACGACUGGGACAUGGAUGCUGCCGUCGCCGCAUACUACACGGAUCAAGACACCAGUGCUUCCAACACCGGAGCUGCCUCUGCUUCUGCUGCUGCCAGCGCCCCGGCGCCUGCCGAGUAUACCGGCCCCAGGACUCUCGACGGCCGCCCCGCUCCCCAGUAUGCGCAAUCAUCCUCUGCCGCCCCCAAGAAGACCCAAAAACGCACCGGCCUGGCGACCCUUAGCUCCAUAGGUGGUCGCCGCGACGAGGAUGACGAUGACGACGAGGAUGACGAGGAAGACGAGAGCCGCGGACCUAGGGAUUUGUUUGCUGGUGGUGAGAAGUCAGGCUUGGCUGUCCAGGACCCUAGUCAACGUGAACCCAACAGCGACACCAGAAGGCUACUUCAAGAUAUCCUUGCCAAGGCUAGAGAGAACUCCCGUGCCAGUGCUGGCAAUAGCUCCGAUGACGAAGGAACCAGUACCGGACCCGCGAGACCUACCCGCUUCCGCGGCGCUGGUAUGACCCUUGGCGGUGACGGCGUCGAGUCUCGACAAAUCCCCGAUCUCGACUCCGAUACCUCUAGCCCGGCCCCCCGCCAGCCGGACGGCCCAACUCAGGAAAGAACCUUGCAUAUUUGGAGCAACGGAUUCAGCGUCGAGGAGGGUCCACUCUAUCGGUUUGAUGACCCGGCGAACGCGGCCGAUCUGGCCAUGAUCCGUGCUGGCCGCGCCCCGCUUCGGCUCAUGAACGUCAGGCCUGAUCAGCGCGUGAACGUUAAGUUGGAGCAACAUCAGGAAGAGUGGAGGCAGUUGCCCAAGAAGUACGUCCCCUUUAGUGGUGAGGGCCGUCGCCUGGGAAGUCCUGUGCCGGGAGACGGAUCCGCCCCUGCUGCUCCUGCUGCUGCACCCGCAAGAAUCACUACUGCUUCUGUGUCUGCUGCUAGUGGAUCUAUCCAGGCCCCCUCAACUGGCGUGGAUGAGUCGCAGCCGACAGUGAUGUUGCGUAUCCAGUUGCCUGACGGUAGCCGUCUCCCGGCUCGUUUCAACACCACCCAGACGAUCGGCGAUGUCUAUGAGUUUAUCCAGCGCUCUUCGACGGCUCUUUCGGCCCGACCUUGGGUCCUUUCUACGACCUUCCCCAACAAGGAUCACACCGACAAGUCUCUGGUUCUGGGUGAGACUCCCGAGUUCAAGAGGGGCGCUGCUGCUGUCGUUAAGUGGGCUUAA